UCAAAUUAGUCACUCAACAAACCGAACAAGUUGGCAGCCCCAACAAGUUGGCAGACCCGCCUGUUAAAAACUGCCAGCUGCUAAAAAAAAAGAAAUAUUUAAUUAAGGGAAAUGCAAAAAUGCCACGGGAGAGAAAUAAGUUGAAUAUUUAGGGAAACUAACAGCGAAUCGGAGACUUGCGACGCAAAACGAGAUGGAGAAGCGGCAGAGAGAGCUAGAGGCUUUGGUCUCCACGCAGAAGGAGCAACUGGGACGAUACGAGAAGAGACUUAAAGACGUGGUCACUGCCUACAAGGGACUGCUAAAGGAGAAGGAGGCCCUGGAAACGAGUUUGGCGGCGCAUGCAGAAGCCACGGCCGUUGGAGAUGCAGGAUCUCCAGCCAGAGAGGUAUCAUCCCAGAAUACCAGCACAGAUAGCGCGGAUGGUGCGGAAGAAGGAGCAGUGGCCGCCACUUCAACAGCUGGUCCUGCCGAAGGGCAGCUGCAAACGCAGAUAAUCACACUGAUGAACUCGCUAGCCACACUCUCCGCGGAGAAGUCACGCAUGGAGGCGUCCUUUCAGGCAGACAAGAAGCAACUGCGCAGCCAAAUCGCCCAAAAGGAGCAAACCAUCCAGGAACUGCAUGCACGAGCCAAAGAGCAGGCAGCCCGUGCCAAAAGCGAUGUUGAUGAGGUCAAAGCCAAGUGGAUUGUUGAGCGCCAGGAGCGCGAGAAGGAGACCAACAAUCAGAUGCUUAUGAUCCGAGAGCUGCAAAAGCUCUAUGCCGACGAACGACACCUCAAGGACAACAUAGAGAUGCAGCUCAACAAUUUCAAGACUCAGUUUGCCAGCAAUGAGGCGGAGAACAGUCGCCUUCGCGACCUACAAUCUCAACUGAAGGAAGCCCGCUCUCAGCUGAAACAGUUUCAGGCUAAGGCAGAGCAGUCUGCGACUAAUGCCGCCAAUGCGGAUAGCGCAGCUGUCCUCCAGCAGGUGCGUCAAGAGAUGCAGCAGCUAAAGGAGCAGCAUUCAGUGGCCAUUCGCCAGGAGCAGAGACGGGUUCUGAGAGCAGAGGACCAAAGUCGGAAGCAGGCGGCUCUCCAUGAGGACCGGGUGGCCAGCCUGGAGGCGCGCUUAGCAGAGCUUAGCACCACCGUUGGCAGCUAUGAUCGCCUGCGGCAGCAGGAUCAAGAGAGUAUUCAUGCGUUGAAACAGCAGCUUCAGGAUCUGGAACAAGCCCAUACUCGGCCAAUAUCCAGUCUUAAGUCUGUCAACGAUGAUGUGGAUGUGGCUACCCUUGUCGACGAGAUGGUUCGCCUGAAAAAGCUCUUAACCAGUGCCAAUGCACGCUCGGCCAAUCCUCUGGAUCUGGGAGAGAUCUUCUCUCUAAGCGGCCAAAGCUCAACGGCAGCCGAAAGCCACGUACAUUGCGAACAGCAGCUCCAGGGAGUUCAGCAAAUGCUGGAGGCAUCCAAACAGCAGCGGCAGCUUCUCGAACAAAAGGCACAACUCCAGCAGUCGCACAUCCAGACACUCCAGGAAAAGGUGCAGGUGCUCAACCGCAAUAUUGAUGAGGCAGAAAUCGAGCUCAAACAACAAGGUGAAAAGCUACGAUUGGCAUUGAAAAACGAACGAACCAAGUGGCAGGAGGCGAAGGCCGAACUGGAGAACGAAACACGCUGCAAGCUCAACGAGCUGGAGCAGUUGCUGCAGAAGCAGCGCCAGCGAUCGCUCCAACUGCUUGACGAGAAGGAGCAGGAGAUCAAAACUCUACAGACCUCCUUCGAGGUGUUCCACUCGGCCACCGGCGUGGGGAACUCACUGGUCUCACCCACUCUUGAAGUCGCCGCCGAGUCCCUUGCCUACUCAUCGGAUGCCGACAGUGUUGAGGUGGAGGGUGAGCAGCGAGAGCGGGAAAAAAAACUGAAGGUGCGGUCGAAGAAGAUGUCACUGGGCGAAAACUGCCACAUGCUACAUUAUGCCAACGAAUUGGCCCGCAAGGAUAUCGAGAUCACGACCCUUCGCAAGGCUAAAUACGUCGCCGAAUCCACAUUGAGGAAGGCCAUCCAAGACAAGGUCACGUCGCAGCAGGAGAUGCAUGAGAAGAUCGAAUGCCUCGAGGAGCAGGUGGACAGACUUGAGCGCUGCAAGACGCGCGAAGGCGCCAACCUGGAGUACCUGAAAAACGUGAUCAUAAGCUACAUCGUGACCCGGGAUGCGGACGGCAAACGACAUAUGUUGAACGCCAUCUCAGCGGUGCUCCAGUUCACCACCACCGAGAUGCAGGCGAUCAACGCAUCAUUCCAGAAGAAAUAGCAUUCGUAUUUUGUUUAACAAUCAUAUGCAACAUGUUUAUAACCUUA